CCAUAGAGGAAUCAGCAGGCUGUGAUCUGUGAUGCCCGAGCCCUAUAAAAAGAUGGCAAGAAGGAUCAGCAUCCUUAAAAUAGCCAUCCUUCUCCUUUUCUGUCCAUCUGCUUGCUCAGAAACCGUAUGGUAUCCGAAAACUCUGCAAUGUGACGUGUCCAGGGUUAGCAAUGACACAGAAGUGAAAGUGGAUUGCACCAGCAGAGGCUUAACAUCGAUUCCUCCAGGAAUUCCAUCCAAUACCACCAACCUGACGCUUACCAUCAACCACAUUCCUCACAUCAAUGACACCUCUUUCCUGGGCCUGAACAACAUCACCGAGAUUGACAUGCGCUGCAACUGUGUGCCCAUCAAGAUCGGCCCAAAAGACCACAUGUGCACAAAAAGUUUGCAAAUUAAUAAUGGAAGCUUCUGGCAGCUUAAGACUCUCAAGUCACUUUACCUGGAUGGAAAUCAGCUCUCCAGCAUCCCUAAAGGACUUCCUCCAAAUGUUGUGCUCCUCAGCCUUGAGGUCAACAGCAUUUAUUCAAUUCUGAAGGAAAAUCUCACUGAGCUUACCAACAUCCAGUUUCUGUACCUUGGCCAGAACUGUUAUUUCCGAAACCCGUGCAAUGGAUCGUAUUAUGUUGAGGAGGAUGCUUUUUUGCAGCUCGACAAAUUGACUUUGCUGUCGCUUAAGUCAAACAAUUUGUCUUAUGUGCCUCACAAACUACCAUCGAGUCUCAAGGAGCUCUACUUAUACAACAAUAACAUACAGAAGGUAGCAGCAGAAGAUUUUCAUAACUUGACUGAAUUAGAGAUCCUAGAUUUGAGUGGAAACUGUCCCCGCUGUUAUAACGCGCCUUUUCCGUGCAUUCCAUGUGCUAACAAUGCUCCUUUUCAGAUUCAUGAACACUCCUUCCUCAACUUAACCAAACUUAAAAUUCUGCGACUUCACAGCAACUCUCUCACUACUGUGGAACCACAAUGGUUUCAGGGCUGUAAAGAACUUCAAGUGUUAGACCUCUCAAGCAACUUUUUAGCAAAAGCUAUAACACACACCUCCUUUCCUUGUUCGCUGCCUUUCCUAGAAGAACUAGACCUCUCUUUUAAUUAUGAGCUCCAGAGGUAUCCUUCAUCACUAAACUUGUCUUGGUCUUUCUCCUACCUGAAGUCUCUCAGGAUCCUGAGAAUCAGAGGCUUUGUGUUCCAAGAACUCAAACAACAAGAUAUUCAGCCUCUAACAUUAUUGGAGAAUCUCGAAAUUAUUGACCUCGGGACAAACUUCAUCAAGUUAACUAAUCUAAGCAUUCUCACAGGGCUGAAACAUUUCCAUAUCAUCAAUUUAUCAGACAACAAAAUCUCAUCACCUUCAGAAGCUGAGCAUGCAGCUGCACUGGCAAUGGCACGUGGCUUUCCCAAGCAGGAUGACACUUCCCCAAUGUCACGAGGCACUCAGUACCAAAGUGGGGAAGUGAGAGAGAUUCACUAUUUUAGAUAUGAUGAAUAUGCACGAAGUUGCAAAAGUAAAGAUAAAGAACUUGGGACUUUGAGUCCUUUCAACACACAGUGUAGCUCAUUUGGAAAAACACUGGAUCUCAGCAGAAACAACAUCUUUUUUUUACAUUCAAGGUUCCUGAAUCUCGGUGAGCUCCGGUGUCUCAAUUUAUCAGGAAAUGCUAUGAGCCAAGCUCUAAAUGGUUCUGAAUUUGUUUAUCUUAAAAAGCUGAAGUAUCUGGACUUUUCUCACAAUCGCCUUGAUUUGAUGUUUUCCUCAGCAUUCAAGGAACUCAGCAAUUUAGUCGUGUUGGAUAUCAGUCACAACAACUAUUACUUUGAAGCAGAGGGGUUGACUCACAUGCUAAAUUUUACCAAAAAUCUCAAUAAACUGACCAAGUUAAUAAUGAACCACAAUCAAAUCUCCACAUCCACCAACACAGAGAUGCAGAGCUUGUCUCUGGAAUAUUUGGAAUUUAAAGGCAACCGCCUUGAUUUGUUAUGGAGAGAUGGUGAUACAAGAUAUCACAACUAUUUUAGAAAACUAAUUGCCUUAAAAUCCCUUGACAUCUCUCACAACAAUCUUAACUUCAUUCCCAAUCCGGUUUUUCAAAGCCUUCCAGAAACACUUACAGAAUUCAACAUUACAAACAACAAAUUGGCAUCGUUCUACUGGGAGGGUCUGAGGUUUCUUCCAAAUCUGGAGGUCUUAGACCUUAGUGGUAACCACUUAACAAGCAUGCCUACAAAGCUUUCCAAUUGUUCAAAAUCUAUUGUGACACUAGUUUUGCGCAAGAAUCAAAUUUUGAGGCUGAGCCCUGAGUUCCUCCAAGAUGCACUUAGUCUGAAAAAACUGGAUCUGAGUUAUAAUCAAAUCAAGUACAUUGAAGAGUCAAGCUUCCCCAAAGACAUCAUAGACAGACUGGAGGUUCUGUUCUUAAACAAUAACCGGUUUGUGUGCUCAUGCAACGCUACAUGGUUUGUCCGGUGGAUUAAUCGCACAUCUGUGAACAUUCCCCAACUAGCCACUGAUGUCACCUGUGCAUCCCCUGGUACACAGCGAGGCCAGAGUGUGAUUUCACUUAACCUCCAAGCCUGCCAACAUAACUAUCUGUCCAUAAUUCUCAAUAUCCUGACCACUUCUGUGAUCCUGUGUGUACUCACCCUGUCCAUUUCCAGCCAUCUCUUCCUCUGGGAUGUGUGGUACAUCUACCACUUCUGCCUUGCCAAAAUCAAGGGCUACCGGCGUCUUCUCUCAGAAAGCAUGGCCUAUGAUGCCUUUGUAGUCUACGAUAAAACUGAUACAGCAGUGAGUGACUGGGUGUUACAGGAACUCCGUGUUCAACUGGAAGAUUGUGGUGAACCAAGGCUCCAUCUUUGCUUAGAAGAUCGUGACUGGGUUCCAGGUUGUCCUCUCAUUGAGAACCUUUCUCAAAGCAUUCAGCUUAGCAAGCGUACCAUAUUCAUCUUGACCCCUCACUUUAUCCAGAGUGGCCACUUCAAGACCGCGUUCUACCUGGCACACCAGCGGCUCAUGGAUGAGAAGGACGAUGUCAUCAUCCUAAUUUUCUUGGAGAGAUUUUCCUCCAGUCAUUCCAAGUACCUGAGACUCAGGAAGAGGCUGUACAGAAGAUCCGUGCUGGAAUGGCCAAGGAAUCCUCAAGCGCAACAGUAUUUCUGGUUUUGUCUUAGGAGCGUCAUGGCCACUGAAAGCCAGCAGCACUACAACAAGCUUUUCCAGGAAACUCUGUAACAGUCAAGAUGGGCUUUCUACAUGGUUAAGUCAUGGCCUAAAGGUUAGAGAAGCAGCUUUGGGCCCAAAAGCUCACUGGUUUGAUUCCCUGGACCAGCAGGAAUGGCUGAAGUGCCCUUGAGCAAGGCAUCUAACCCCUAACUGCUCCCCAGGCUGCUCUGGGUGUGUUGUACAUUGCUCUGGGUAAGAGCAUCUGCUAAAUGCCUGUAAUGUAAUACAUAGUGUUUCUUUUUUUAAUAUUCUGCAAAUGUUUUUCUGUUGCUGUUACCGCCUAGAAGUUGACUAUUUUCCUAUACCAACAUGGUCUUAUUUGGUGUUUUAUUCUUUUUAUACAAAAGCAAUUUUUUAUUAAAAGAGAAAAAAAUUAUAUA